UCAUGAUACUGAAGAAGAGAGAAAUCAGUUUGAAAGAUUUGCUAAAGUUUUGUGACAGAUUUUGGAAAGAACAAAAAAACAAGAAAGUCAAAAUGCAUAAAAGUUUGCUUUUCGAUACAAUCUGCAAUAUAGAUAUCGGAAUACAAUCCAGAAUACACACGGCAAUUUCAGAUGAAGAGAACAUAGUGACCGAUUUAAAAGACACAUGUACAUCUUUGGAAAAGCUACCACAGAAAUGCAAAAAGAUUGGUGUGGGGAUGUUUGAUGAUAUUGAGAAGAGUGUUAAAUAUCUAUCGGACAAAUUAUAUGCUUACAUUAACUCUACUGAUGGCAAAAAGGAAAUUUUGAAUCCUGUCGGUAAAAUAUCAAUUAAAAAUUACUUCAAUGUGAGCAAAGAAGUACCACGACGCUAUGAAGAAGGAGUCAAACGAUGGAUGAGGGGAAAAGAGGUUGCCCACGAAAUUAAAAAAAUCGAUGGAAAAAUUUUGAAAGAAUGUAAGGAGGUGCAACCUGAGUUGGAAACAGCACGAGUAAUCAUUAUGGGACGAAAAGGCGAGGAGGAAAAUACAGAGGGGUCUACAGAUCUUACGACCGUCAUAUGGUUACCUGUCAUCGUUGUGAUUGGUGCAUUGGUCAUUGCCGCUACGAUUGUUCUUUCUCCCUUCAUUAUUGCAAGAAUGUUGUUCGCCAAAGAAAAUAUAGUCGAUUCAAGUUAUAGUGUUUGUGCACAGCGUUUGACAAAAGCAAAAAUUCAAGAUAAAUUAGCUGGCGUCUUUAAAGAUAAUUUUGAACAUAGAAUUGAAAGCAUAUUCGAAAAGGAAUUGCCAAGGAAAAUAGCCACUACUACAUACGCCAUCAAGUCUCUUUGCUCACAAAAACACAGAAUCGGGGAAAACUUUAAUGCGAUUCUUCGUUUAAGAGACUCUCUUUGUAAAAUAAAAGGUGACCUUGAAAAAUUAACCUAACCAGUUACUGGCCUCAUUCUGAAAUAUGGUCAGACAUUCUCAGAUCAUAUCUUUAAACAUUAUACAUAUAUGAUUGUUUUUCUUCAAUGUUCAGACUUUUGUUUAAACAUUAAAUUUUAAACAUAAAAAUGAGUAUCUGUGAAAGUGAAGUAAAGACAAUGCCACAUUCACGACAACUUAAAGGUUUGUUCGCGUUUUACAAACAUUUGAUUAUUGGAUAUCUAAAACUUGUGCUAAUCGGUAAGAUAAUGACUUAAUUGCAUCAGUCUGUAUC